UUACAUUCUAAUCAUAGCAUCGUCUUUACAUCUAUGUAUCUCCAUUCUCUCUAUAUAUAGAUGGAUGAGAGUUGGACGUAUAGGAUAAAGUUAAAACUUCGUACCUAGUUAGCUCGCUAUAUUUUAAAGACCACAGCCUCCAGAAGACGUGUUCUCUGAAGUUACAGAAUGGUGGCCUACCGGUCUAGGAGACUGUGUUUUCUUGUCACUCUGUUCUACCUGGCCACUACACAAGCUGUGAUUCUGGAGAAAACGUUCAACGACACGGUCGCCCUUGUCGCUACACUCCAGCAGAGAAUAGCGGAGUUACAAAGUAAUUUAGGAGAUCUGGCAAAACAAACUCAGCUGCAGCAGUUGGAGGUGGAGGAAAGGGUAAGGUCAGAGGGCAACUCGGGCAUUAAGCAGGUCAGAUAUGUUGCCCACGGUACGUCCAGCUACUUCGACUACACACACGCCAACCUUGGCGUCGCCGCCAUCCACGACCACACCAACUACCACGACACCCUUGGAAUGGGCGAAGUCAUUGUGGUCAUCAAUGGAGUAGAGUUCAGGACCCGCCAUAACGACUAUCGUCUGGUUCAGCCAGACACGAGCACAAGGACGUUUCGUGCGGUCAAGGACAUCAUCCCGCCUCCUGUCCCGCCUCAAGUGUCAAGUAAACCAACAGUGGCACUUCAGAUUUUGGAGAUGAGAGAGUGGUUCAAGGCUUUCAAAACCCAGAACAUUACACAUCGGGAUUACCGCCCCUACUUUCAACCUGUGAUCUGUUAUAUGGAAGGGUUCUGGAGUUUAGAGCAGAAUAUAAUGGAGCCAUUUAAGAGUGACCGCCAUGCUUUGUUUGCAUCCUCCUGGAAACAGUUGCAGGAACAGAUCUUCUACACUUCCUACACUGGAACUAAAGACCUCCUAGAGAACAUGGCCUACCUGCCCACGACCAUAGUCUCUGUGAACAGCAUCACGGGGAAGCCGGUGUACGCCCAGUGGAACUAUCGCAUCCUCUGCAACCCCAUUGAUGUGGAGGUUCCCUUGAAAUACUUCAGAGUGCAAGAUGACCUGGCCUCUAGGACCAGAUUAAGGCAGAGUUAUCAGAAUGUCAACAACACUAGAGCAGGUCGCUUCCGGUUGUCAGAGUAUGACUAUGAAAGGGUCACUGGUUUCACACUUUUAGAUCGGAUCAUGCAGGACAUCCCAGGGCUGGACAACAAUCCCUCGAUGCUGAAUGAAGUCGCCUUUGGCAUGGGCGUGUACAACACUGCUUUCAACAACUUUACCAAGCUGAACACUGGCUAUUACCACCGUAGUUACAAGACAGGGACAGCAAACGCUAUGGGAUUGUCAAUGGUGGAUCGCGGCUUUUCAGACGAGAUGCUGUUCGUUGCAGAAAACACACAGCCCCAGAUUCCAGCCUUUGACUUCACCAUAUGUGUCUUUAGGGGACCUUGCACUACAAGAAGUUCCAGAUUUUCCUAUGCCAUUCCCCUUGAGAUUGUUUACAUGACGCCAUUGUUGACAUGGAAUCCUUAUAAUUUAGCUAUAUAUCCGGACUUCAAAACACCGCCGGCGAAUGGAAGAACAGGCAGCACUACAGAUGUGACCAAAGCGUUUAACGGUUCUAGUCCAAUUGCUUACUACUAUCUGACACCUAAAGAGUUCUACAGCAGUACAACUGGCCAGCCUGACCCAGCAGAUACAGCUAUAGCCACUGUUGGAGUUUUAGACAAGACUGGGGUGAUCCGUAAUGUCACAGCUUCAGGCGUACAGAUCUUUACUUUACCUAUUGCUGGUCUUGGCACUGUCAGGUUACGCUACCCCAUCCCGCCCAUACAUGGUGAGGGCAGUACCGUUUGGAAGGACCUGGCUAUCGUAAAAAACACUAUCCGAGUGAUGCAGGGUGCAGGGUCCGCUGGAGUACCCGCCUACCAAAUGCAGCUGUACCCAGCCACAGUUGGCGGACUCCACAGCCACGACUUCACUGUUUUCAAACAAGACUACGACCUCAUCAUGAAUGGGGAGACGGUGUCCGUGUCUACCUCGCUGGCCAAUGGUCACCAGCAUAACCUGGAGCUGUGGAAAAACCCUGGCACCAACGUGCUGGAGUACAAGACCUGUGACUAUCAGAACGUGUGCUUUGACCAGCACCCUAAGAACAUCAAGCUGGUCAGUAGUCCAGGACGAUAAUAGAGUUCAAUUAACGAAAAUGAAUGAUGUUGGAAAAUAAGAUGAUACUAUGUUGGUGGAGAAUAAGAUAAUAACAUGUUGGUGGAAAAUAAGAUGAUAAAUGAUAUAGGAAAAUAAGAUGAUAAUAUGUUGGUGGAAAAUAAGAUGAUAAUAUGUUGGCGAAGAAUAAGAUUGUAACAUGUUGGUGGAUAAUAAGAUGAUAAUAUGUUGGUGUAGCAGAAUUUGACCAAAUAACUGUAAUAAUAAUAAAUAGUUAAAUAAAGUUUUAAAAAAAUAUAGAACCAAUAUUAUGUCUAAUGAAAUUAAAUGCCAACUAAAAUGAAAUGUUUGAGGAAAUGAGAACAGAAUUAAAUUAACGGUCACAACUAUUCAGCAUUGCCUUGAGAUUAUUUGAUUAUAGUUUUUAUUGCAUUUUUUUCUUUAAUUCUAUUUCAGUUAAGCAUUUACUGUUUCGUUUUAGUUUCGAUAAGUAAAAAGUUUAAUUACAGUUUCCAUUCUCAAGAAGUAAGAU